AUGAAAAGUGUUUAAUACAAGGCAUAAAAGUAGAUAUUCUCAUCUGGCUUUUUCUUUGCUAUGUUUAUUACAGACAUAUUAACUCAAUCUUGUCUGGGACAAAUAUUCCCUUUAUACUGGCAAGGCUAGGAAAACGAAGUCCAUAUUCAUUCAUUCGAUAUUGACCCUAGUGAGAACAUUGCCUUGGGGGGAUAUUCUACAGAUGCUGAAGUUACAGGCAGAAAUAAUCAGUAUUAAUUUCCAGUAAUUGCAAUGAUAACUGAAGGAGGUACCUAUAAAUGGGCUAAGGUUUAAAAUGACUAAGAUUCAAGAGAUAAAAAAUUCGUAGUUGUUAGAUUUGAUCCUAAUCAUUAACUGGUGAUUGGGAUGACAGAUGGAGUAAAACCUUAUAUUUUCCAAAUAAAUACAGGAGGAUAAGUUUUAUCAAUGUAUAGUCUUUUAGAUUUACAAACGACCUAAGUAAUUGGAGAUUUCUUUAUAUCAUCAACUAUUAGCUUAAUGGGAGGUACUGGUACAUCUUCAAUCAAACCACUUACUUUGAACUUAUUUAAUAGUCAAGGUAGCUAUAAAAUAGAUAGUAGUUUUGAAGGAGCAGUUAAUGUCAUCAGGCAACAAGGUUCUAAUCAAUAGUUUUACUUUGGAGGUUAUAUGGUACAUGAAGAAGACUUAUCUCUAAGAAAUGCAACAAUUGACAAUAGAUAACACAUUUUUAACUAAAAGAGACUUAGUUUAUAUCGCUAGCAAGCAAUCAAAACUCAACUUAAUCGAAUUCUGUAUUUAUCGAUUAGAGAUAGAUUAAACCAACUACUAAAUACUUUAGUCAAAGAUAUCUGUGGUUAUUCUGCAUUAGAUAUUGGCAAAGAAUUUGGUGUUAUUUUACCAUUUCAAAGAAAAUAUAGAUGCUUUGGUUAGGAAGAGUAUAUAACAAAUGUGCCAACUUUUACAAUAAGAGACUCUACUCCGUCUUUAAGCACUUAAAUUUAAGACAGACAUGAACCAGUUAAUGCGUAAAAUCUCAAUAUUUAACUGCAGAAUGCAGGAACUAAUAUUGAUAAUAUACAAUGUGAAGCACCAGUUUAUUAAUACUCAAUGACUGAAACAAACAUAAAAAUGUAUACAUAAUACUCAACAGAAGUUAAAUAGUAUCAGUUCUCUUAAUUCACUAGCUCUUGUUUACUUGCUUCAGCGCUGCAUCAUAAGGAGUAAACAGUACUUAAGUUGGAACUUCAGAAGGCUUAUUUUAAAUAACAGCUACUACUUCAACUCCAGAUUAGGUAUUUGACAAAUAUUAAUGCAUUUUAGUUUUUGGCUGAAAUUAUAAUAUAAGGGGAAAUAGCUUUAAGUAAGCUAGUAUAAUCCGUAACUGUUAUUAUCAAAUUUAUGCUUGAUCCAUGUGAGGGUGUCACAGUCUCUACAAACAAAACUUACUAUACUGUUACUGUAGAUAUAAUAGAUGGGGAUGGUUAAAUUAUCGAAGGCUUUAAUUGGAAUUAAAAUAAGAAUUUAAACACCUGCCCGUACUAACUAGAAUUUUCAAGCGUUUAAUUAAACAUGCCAAACAAUAUAGACACUCAACUUAGAUUUGUGGGAACUGAUUUAUAAACUUCCAAUCUAAAAAGCGUUGGAAUAUUCACAUUGACAGUCAAUGCCUAUGUUACUAUGAAAGCUAGUAACAUUAUGAAAGUCUUACUGACAAAAGAAUUUAACCUUAUAGUUACUUCCAGAUGUACAAGUGCUAAUCAAUGUAUCAAGCCUGAUUCCUUCCAAUAAUCAUAUGAGCAUUUCCUUUAUCAGUAGCAAACUAUAACUUUUUCUGAAUGGACCUAUAUGUAUCCUUCAUGCCCAGAAACUCCUGUCUAUAAAAUUAAUGGAAUUCUAUCAUUCUAAUCAUUUUAAUCCCUUACUUUAACAACAACUGCUGGAUCAUCAAUUAAGUAUUUAGAGCCUCCAACUAUUCAACAACCUCAACAACCUUCCUCACUUAUCUUUAUGAAGACACCUGAAUUUAGGUUUGAAAACUACUUUGAAACUAGCACAAAAUUUCUUUUCAAAAACUCGUAGUACAUCUAUAAUAUAUUUUUGGACUAAGAUUCACAGGCUGAAUUUUUUAAGUCUUAUGUCUUGACCUUAGAUUUGAAGGAUUCACUUAUUUUUGCAGAAUUUACAAAUUAUCAGCUUAAUUUUAUCCCAAGCAGAAGUUUGAAAGAUUUAUACAGUAUAUUGAUAACAGUAUAGCCAAUAAGCCUCGAAUAUAAGUAUAAAUUGGAACUUAAAAUCCAUAUUCUUGAUUAAAUGACUUCUAGCUAAGAAACACCAAAUGAGACCUUGUCAUAAAUUAAUAGUAUAGAGACAUUAAACGACUAUUCAAGAUUAAAAAACAAAAAAUUCAAUAAAAUUAUUACUGUUAAGCUGGCUUCUAUAUCAAUUGAUGGUAUAGCCACUCUUUAAUUCAAUGAUACUUUGCUUCUACCAAAAAACCUAUCUUACUUGAUUACAAAUGAAACUUUAAUUCUGCAAGUAAUAGAUUCGAAUACAGAAUUAGUAGACUUUGAUCAUAAGUCUUUAUUAUCUUUCGAAGUAUUAUCAUAUAACAAGAAGCAACUAAAGCUUAAAUUGAAAUUCAAAGACCCCAGAUACAUAUCUCAAUCAUAGAGGCCUGAUAAGUUAAGAGUCACUUUCAAGAAGUCAUAUUUUUAUGUUAACUAACUCAUUACAGCAAAGAUCUCUGAUAAUCAAGUCCUAACAAGAAAUCUCCCUUCUUAAAUUUAUGACUCUGGUAUCUCUUCUAGCAGCAAUAAUGGUGAAUUUAUUUCUUUAAUUAGCUGUGAAAUUUUCAAUGAAACUCUUAUGGAGAAUGAUGGCUGUUCUCUAGCUGAUUGUCAAUCUUCCUAUUAUGAGUGUAAAUCUACCUAGCAAUGUGUUAGUUUGCUUUAAAUAACUUAUUGGAAUUUCCUCAAUGCAGAUAGUUGA